AUGUUGAAGUGUCGCGACAAUCGUCGUCAUAAAAGAAAAAAGAAGCCAAAGCUAGCUAAACAAGACACAAUGAGUUCCACAGACGCUAUGGCAUCCCUCAACACUAGGGGAGAGAAAUCCCUACUUUACAUGGCCAAUGGAAACACAAUUGAAGCUUACUCCUUUGGAGCUCCUGUCGUCGCUACAGGAGAGGUUGUCUUCAACACUGGAAUGGUUGGAUACCCUGAAGCCUUGACCGACCCCAGUUAUCGCGGCCAAAUUCUUGUCCUUACAUACCCUUUGAUUGGAAACUACGGUGUGCCCGACGAAAGCGUCGUGGACGAGCACGGUCUUCCCAAGCACCUUGAAAGCAAGGAGAUCCACAUCUCUGGAUUGAUCGUGUCCAGUUACUCUUGGGAGCACUCUCACUGGAAUGCCCAGAAGUCUCUUGGCGAUUGGCUUAAGGAAAACAAUAUCCCAGCUGUCUAUGGUGUUGAUACCAGACAGUUGACCAAGACGUUGCGAGAGAAUGGAUCCAUCCUUGGAAGACUUGAGGUCGAAUCUGCCGUCAAGCCAGAAGAGUUUGGACGUCCUAUCGCCCAAGACAUGUUCGAAGACCCCAACAAGAGAAACCUUGUCGCCGAAGUCUCCACCAAGGAGGUUGUCACCUACGGAAAGGGUCAAUCCCCCAAGAUCAUUGCAUACGAUUGCGGUAUCAAAUACAACAUCAUCCGGUACUUGGUCGACAACAACAAGGUCGAAUUGACUGUCGUUCCAUUCGACUAUGACCUGGAGGCCAACCCUUCCAACAUUGAAUGGGAAGGUCUCUUCUUGUCCAACGGUCCUGGUAACCCACAAAUGUGCGCAGCCACCAUCAAAUCCAUCAAGUAUGCCUUGAACUUGGAGAAGCCAAAGCCAAUCUUUGGUAUCUGUCUUGGAAACCAAUUGCUCUCUCUUGCCGCUGGUGCGAAGACCUACAAAUUGAAAUACGGCAACCGUGGAAUGAACCAGCCUUGCGUUGAUCUUCGAACUGGACGGUGCUACAUCACUCCACAGAACCACGGUUUCGCUGUCGACUCUGACAGUCUUCCGACAUUGUGGAAGCCACUCUUCAUCAAUGCUAACGACCAAACCAACGAGGGUAUCAUCCACACUACCAAGCCAUUCUUCAGCGUCCAAUUCCAUCCAGAAGCUGCUGGAGGUCCUUUGGAUACUGCUUUCUUGUUCGAGAAGUUCGUCGGAGAGACUCUAGGAAAGACCAUGCCAUUGGUCCUUGCAGACACCAAGCCAUACGAACGCAAAACCUACAAGAAGGUUCUCCUUGUUGGAAGUGGAGGUCUUUCCAUUGGACAGGCCGGAGAAUUCGAUUACUCUGGAAGUCAAUGUAUCAAGGCCUUGAAGGAAGAAGGAAUUGAGGUCAUCUUGAUCAACCCCAAUAUUGCUACUGUCCAAACUUCCCAAGAGAAGGAAGAAGUCGGCCGUGGAGCCGAUCGUGUCUACUUCUUGCCCAUCCGUGCUCACGUUGUCAUGGACAUCAUCAACAAGGAAAAGCCCGAUGGUAUCAUUGUCAGUAUGGGAGGACAAACCGCCUUGAAUGUCGGUAUCGAGCUCUGGAAAAGCGGAGACCUCCAAAAGGCCGGAGUUGAAAUCUUGGGUACUCAGAUUCCUGUCAUUGAAGCUACCGAGGAUCGUGAGAUCUUCAGCCAGAAGUUGGCUGAAAUUAAUGAGACCAUUGCUUUGUCCUACAGUGCCACCAACAUUGACGAAGCUCUUGAAGCUGCCAACAAGAUCGGAUACCCAGUUUUGAUCCGUGCUGCCUUUGCUCUUGGAGGAUUGGGAUCUGGUUUCGCUGCUGACGAAGCUGAAAUGAGGAGUAUGGCUGCCAAGGCAUUUGCCACUUCCGACCAAAUUUUGAUCGAUCAAGAUUUGAGAGGAUGGAAGGAAUUGGAAUACGAAGUCGUCAGAGACAACAGUGACAACUGUAUCACUGUCUGUAACAUGGAGAACUUCGAUCCUCUUGGUAUCCACACUGGAGACUCCAUUGUUGUCGCUCCUUCGCAAACUUUGUCUAACAAAGAAUACUUCAUGCUUCGAAAGACUGCCCUCAAGGUCGUCCGUCACUUGGGAAUUGUUGGAGAGUGCAACAUCCAAUACGCACUUGACCCUGUCAGUGAGAGAUACUGUAUUAUUGAAGUGAACGCCCGUCUUUCCCGUUCUUCUGCUUUGGCUUCCAAGGCCACAGGUUACCCCCUUGCCUACGUUGCAACAAAGCUCUCUCUCGGAAAGAACCUUGUCCAAAUCCAGAACUCCAUCACCAAGACAACUACUGCUUGCUUCGAGCCAAGUCUUGAUUACUGUGUCUUGAAGAUGCCACGAUGGGAUUUGAAGAAGUUCAGCCAAGUCAGCAACAAGCUUGGUUCUUCUAUGCUUUCCGUUGGAGAGGUCAUGUCUAUUGGCCGUACCUUCGAGGAGGUCAUUCAAAAGGCCUGCAGAAUGGUCAACCCAGGCCUUGACGGUUUGGAAGGAGAAGAUUCGAAGCAGAUCGAGAGUGAUGCUGACCUUGAAUCCGCAUUGACGACAGCAACCGACACGCGUCUAUUUGCUGUUCAACUUGCUCUUGAGAAGGGCUGGGGUGUCGACAAGGUUUGGGAGCUCACCAAGAUUGACAAGUGGUUUUUGUCUAAGCUUCAAAACAUUGCCGAUAUGAGAAAAGCAUGUAAGACUGCUGGAAGUCUUGAUAAAUUGACUGAUGAACAACCAAGAGAACGUCUUCUUGCUUUGAAGCGAGCUGGUUUCAGUGAUCGUCAGAUCUCCCGCUACGUUGGACUCGAAGGACUCAGUGGAGAAAACGAGGUUCGCAUGACCAGAAAGAGAUACAGUGUCCUUCCCGUUGUCAAGCAAAUCGAUACUCUGGCUGCUGAGUUCCCUGCCCAAACGAACUACUUGUACAUGACCUACUCCGGAGACACUAACGAUGUUUCCGUUAUGUCACAAGACUCGCAAGAUGAGACUAUUGUCCCAGCAUAUAGAAGCUCUAUCUUGACCAAAAGCCGCGUCGACACAGCUACAUUUCAACAACGUGCACGUGCUCUGUCUGUUGGUUACAGCGAGAACAAAAUGCUCUCCGCCAAGGAACGUGGUGUCAUCGUCCUCGGAUGUGGUGCCUACUGCAUUGGUUCAAGUGUCGAAUUCGAUUGGUGCGCUGUGUCGUGUAUCCGUCAAUUGAGACGUGAUGGAUUCAAGAGUAUCAUCAUCAACUACAACCCCGAGACUGUCAGUACCGAUUACGAUGAAUCCGAUCGUUUGUACUUCGAGGAGUUGAGUCUGGAGCGUGUUAUGGAUAUCUACGAAUCCGAGAACCCCUUCGGUGUUGUUGUUUCUGUCGGGGGACAAAUCCCCAACAACCUUGCCAGUUCCUUGCACGAGAGUGGAGCCAACAUUUUGGGAACCGAUGCCGCUGAUAUUGAGCGUGCCGAGGAUCGUGACCAAUUCUCCAGAAUGUUGGAUAACAUGCAUGUCGAUCAACCCACAUGGUCUGUAUUGAACUCGACGGAGGAAGCUGUGGCAUUCGCCAACCGUGUUGGAUACCCAGUCUUGGUCCGACCAAGUUUCGUCUUGUCUGGAGCGGCUAUGCGUGUGGCCGCUACCGAGACCCAAUUGACCAGCUUCUUGGGACUUGCUGCUGAUGUUUCUGGAGACAAGCCUGUUGUUGUUACCAAGUUCAUCGAGGAUGCCAAGGAGAUCGAAUUCGAUGCGGUUGCGAACAAGGGAGAAAUUCUCAACUACGCUAUUGGAGAGCACUUGGAGAAUGCCGGUGUACACAGUGGAGACGCCACAGUCGUUCUUCCAGCACAAAAGCUCUACGUUGGAACCAUCAAGCAAGUCAAGAAGAACGCUUCUCUCAUUGCCAAGGCGCUUCGAAUCACCGGUCCAUUCAACAUCCAAUUCAUGGCCAAGGGCAACCAAGUCCAAUGUAUUGAGUGCAACUUGCGUGCCAGUCGUACUUUCCCAUUCGUUUCCAAGACUUUGAACCAUAACUUCAUCUCUCUUGCUACUCAAGCCAUGACUGGAUUGAAAGUCACGCCAUUCAAGAUUUCUCUUUUGGAUAUUGACUACGUCUGUGUCAAGGCUCCCAUGUUCUCUUUCACUCGUCUUCGUGGCGCUGAUCCUAACCUUGGUGUGGAGAUGGCUUCCACUGGUGAGGUGGCAUGCUUUGGGCAAGAUCAGCACGAAGCCUUCAUCCAAGCUCUCUUGUCCACCACCUUCCAGUUGCCCACCAAGAACAAAUCCAUCUUGCUUUCCAUCGCUUCCGACCCCAAGCGUUUGGAAUUCACAGAAUCCCUUCAGAUUAUGUUGAAGCUUGGAUACAAGGUCUAUGCCACUCCUGGAACUGCUGAAUAUUACAAGAAGAACCUGAAUGUCGAUUUGAUUCUUGUCCAGAAGCCAACAAGCGAGGAUGAUGAGAAUCCCGAAAGCGCUGUUCAAUACAUCAAGGACGGAAAGAUUGACUUGGUCAUCAACAUCACUGACGCCACUGUUCGAUCAUCUGAAAUCACUGCUGGUUACUUGAUGCGCCGUGCUACUGUUGACUUUGGAACUGCUCUUGUUACCAAUAUCAAGUGCGGAAUUGAACUUAUUCUCUGCUUGGAUCUUGGAUACGGGAAGGAGUCUAACUUCCAUCCUAGACAUCUCAAGGAGUACUACGAAAUUCCAACUGUUGGAUGGACGACAAAGUAA